UUCUCCUCACCUCACUCACUCACUCCCUUCCUAUGCAAGGCCUCCAAGCCGAUGACGUCGGCGUCCGCCUCGAGCUGGCCCCGGCCGCCGCCAUCGACGUGGCCGAGCCCGCCGAGACGCGCAUCCGCCGCCUGGCCGCCGAGAACCCGGUCAUCAUCUUCGCGCGCCCCGCCUGCUGCAUGUGCCACGUCAUGAAGCGCCUCCUCUCGGCCGUGGGCGUCCACCCCACCGUCAUCGAGCUCGACGAGCACGAGAUCGCCACUCCGGCCCUCUACAUCGGCGGCGCGUGCGUCGGCGGGGUCGAGAGCGUGGUGGCGCUCCACUUGAAUAAUAGCCUCGUGCCUAAGCUUGUUGAAGUCGGUGUUGUGAGUCACGGAAUUUUUAUUACUACCUAAUUACUUACAAUUACAAACUAUUGUAAUUCUAGUGCUAUUUUAAUGUAAUAAAACUAUUAGGUGAAGAAAUACCAUAUAAUUAGCUUUCUAGUAUUAAUAUGAUGAGUUAAUUCUAGACAUCAAUCUUUGUUAUCGUAUCAUCUGAUGUCUCUGUUUCCUAGUUAAGGUGAUGUUGUGAUUAAGGAAACCAUUGUGCUUUAUUAUGAUGUAGAAAUAAACAUAUUUGGCAUUUCAAUUCUCAA